GUCAGUAAACCUGAAGCUACGCCUGCAGUUCCAGGCGCGCCACAGCAGAAGAAUGUUCCAGUUUGGGAGCAGGUUGGGCCACAUUUAUCUCUCCUCAGGGCCUGGAGACUCCAGCAGCUCCAAAAACAACACCGACCCUGGAGGUUCUGCUGGCUCUGGCAGUUCAGGCCUUCCAAGCAGUGGAGCACAAAACAGACAGGAGAAAAUUCCCAGCUUACCAGAACUGAUCAAGCAUGUCCGGAGGGUCAGUGGGCUGAAGAAGGAGGACGUGUUCUGUAACCUGCGUGUACCUAACCAGUUUCAGACAGGAAGAGAGGAGAUCAACCUCGUCAUCGUCACAGGUUCUGCAGUGUACUGUAUUGACGUGAAGCCAUGGACAGGUGUUGUGUCCGCUCAGGGACCGAACACCUGGCACCUCCAGAUGAAAGAGGAGGAGCCAAACUUCACCAACACGUCCAUCCAGCAGGUCCCUGACCCCCUGCAGGCCAUUAUGAGGAAGGCCAGUGACCUCUACAACCAUAUGAAGCAGUGUGGAGUGAACGUCAGGCAGCCUCUCUUCUUACCCAGAGUCCUCUUCCUCUCUCCUCACUGUAAUCUUGAUGAUGAGCUAAGGAAAAGGAAGGAGUUGGUCUCCUCUGGUGAUCUGGAGACGUUCCUGUGCUCACUCAGGGAGGGAUACAUUGCCUGGAUCACAGACGCUCUGACGCCGUCAUGGAUCUCAGGUCACCUGUCAUUCAGGCAGUUGGGGGCAGUGCGGGCCGUGUUGGGGCAGAUGGGGACAUGGGACCUGGUUCAGCUGAGUAGUGGCGCCGAGCUGAAGGGAGAUUAUCAGGGCUGCCAACACCUCGCCCUCAACAGACAGGACACGGACGUGGUGGAGUUCAGCAGGGGCAGAACUCUCUCCUCGGACACACUGUGGGCUUUGCUGGGACACACACCGCAGGUGACUGUGAGGAUGUAUAAGCGUGGAGCGCAAGGCUGGCUGGGAAAACCACUGACCGGGACGGCUACCAUUCCCUCAAACACACACGUGGUAUUUCGCAUCAGCGGAGAGGACAAAGACGCCAAGAUACCGGCCAACACUAUCCAUACCAUCACCCUUAGCAUCUAGAUACAGAGGGAGAGACAGGGAGGUAGGAACUCCACAGACCAUCGUCAACUGCAUUGCAAUUUUAAUGCAGUUGACAUUGCCCCAUUUUUUUUAGACAGCAUGUUACCUACAAGGCCAGCGGUGUUAUGAAUCAUUUGACACUUUGAAAAACAGGCUCUCAGCGAAAUACUAGCCAAUUCUAUCCACUCGAAACAGUGAAAAGGAAGAGUGUUAAAGGAAGAGUCUGACAAAAAUCUGGCUUACUCAGUUCUCUUACCACAGUUGUAGUUGAUCAGCCAUGUUUGAUAUCUGAAGUUUGCUUCUUUAAUUUUGCAUUGGAGUCAUGAGGCUAAUCUAGCUAACAAGUAAUGGACAUUUAUGUACACCAAUUAGCAUUGUGCUAACUGCACAUCUAAAGGCCUCAGCAUACGUCUUUCAGAAUUGAUGUUCGCCUGGCUUCAGCGAACAAUGUGACAUAAUUGCGGAGAAAACGAACAACCGCAGACGCCAUGCGGAGGCUUCGUUCACCCAAGUCGCACACAUGGCAGCUGGGCAAACUCCGCAGACGAAGAUGCUACGUGACAAAGCCUCUGAUUGGUCGGUAAAAAAGAGGAGUACCAUUAAACAAAGAUGGACGACUUUGAGGAACUUAAGAUGUUCGGUCUGUUAUUCAAUAGUACUGACUAGCACUGAGCACCAAAACAUACAGGUUAUCUUACAUUCAGGUUCACUGGAGGACAAGAUUGAAGUUGGUUUCCUAUUCGCCAGCUUCUUCUUCUAAUUUUCCCAUUCCACCUUAAAUAGUGGCCGCAAUCUGGACUUUGACAUAGUUAGAUCUGAGAUGGAAUCAUUUUCCAGCAGUCAUGGAACUUAGAAAUUGUCACCUGCGUUAGAGGAGCAUCCACGAUGGACAAAAAGAGCUGCAAAAUCUUUGUAAGCUUGUGAAGGCGCUUUCGGCUUCAUGCAGCCCUUUUCAUUUUGCAAGAAGUAUACUGAGCGCUUAAGUCAUCACACACUUGGAGUGAGGUAAAGCAGCACUAUGUAAGGUUUUGUUUUUUGUAAAAAUUUAAAAUGUAGUCAGGAGAGUCAGGGGAGCCUGCAGGCCGGAAGUUAUUCAGACCACGUCACCAGUAUCUGAGCUUAGGACUGACUUUCUCUCUAACCUAUCGGUAGCUAGCGAAGAUUCUUUCUCUGGAUAGACAAAGCACUUUUUGUAAGUCGCUCUGGAUAAGAGCGUCUGCUAAAUG